AUGAAGUCACCUGUUCGAAAUGAAAAUACAUCUGAUCCUUUUGAAUUCUUAAUUUUGCGUUCUUACGAUAAUAACCGAUUACAAAAAUUUGUAGAAAUCAAUUUACCAAAAUUAGUAAAUGAUAAAAUAUAUGCUUUUAAUGUUAUUUUAGAAAGCGUAAUGAAUCAUCAAGGAAGAGUAUUUUUUUUAGCUGCUCCGGGUGGUACAGGAAAAACAUUCCUACUUAAUUUGUUGUUGGCUCAAAUUAGAUCCUCAGGUAAAGUUGCAUUAGCAGUAGCUUCAUCUGGUAUAGCAGCAACUCUACUUAGUGGCGGCAGACUGCUCACUCGACUUUCAAGUUACCUUUAA